AGAAUAUAUAUGCUUUGGAAAUUUUGAAAAUACAAACUUAAGAACAUGAUAAAAAGUACUUUUUACUCGAAAUGACUAUACAUACAUUCACUAGUAUUUUUAGUCGAAAUAACUCUUUAAUCUGGUAAUAACUAAUAAGAUAAAAAGAAACCACAAACCAAAAGGCCCAAGAUUUAAUUUUAAAAGCCCAAACGUUUAGAAAAAUAACUCUCUAACCUAGUAAUCUAGUUCGCGUAAGAUAAAGAGGGUCCAUAACCCAAAAGGCCCAAUAUUAAAGUCUUAAAGCCCAAACGUUCAGAAAACUAAAAGACUCAGAAUUCUCGGAUUGUCCCCAAAGUUAUUUCCUUUUUCUGCUAUUGACUUUAAAAGUUAUAAACCUCAAAAUUCAUCCCUUAAACCCUAAGCCUAAACAAGAAACGCAGUAGCCGUGACAAUGGCGGAUCCGACGAACCCUAGCACCGGCGAUCAACAACACCAGAAGUACCGUCAGUACAAUCCCUACCAACAAGUCAAUCUUCCGUACCGUCAGCUAUACGAACUCCCAACUUCGCCGGAGUUUCUCUUCGAAGAAGAAGCUACGAAAAAACGCUUAACAUGGGGAGAGAACCUCACCUUCUUCACCGGUUGGGGUUAUGUCACUGGAUCGGUUCUCGGAGCCGUCAAGGGUACAAUUAAUGGGAUCGGAGCCGCCGAAAGAGGCGAAUCCCUAAAGAUCCGAACUAAUCGGAUUUUGAACUCCGGUGGACUCGUUGCAAGACGCGGCGGGAAUUGCUUAGGAUCUAUAGGGUUGAUGUUCGCAGCUAUGGAGAGUGGUGUUACGUAUUUGAGAGACGGAGACGACGGUUCGAGGACAACUGUCAUCGCUGGUUUAGCCACUGGUGUGCUUUACAGAGCUGCUUCUGGACCUAGAUCCGCUGUGGUUGCCGGAGCUGUCGGAGGAGUUACUGCUUUGGCUGCGGUUGCUGGGAGACGCAUCGUCAAGCGAUUCGUUCCAAUCUGAUGAGUAUUUCUCAAUUUCUCAAGGUUAGGGUUUAAGAAUUAGUUUAAAGGAAAGGCCUUUAGUGAGUGAAUGAAUCAUUGGUACUGGAAUUAGGGUUUAUGAAUUUCCUUCCACUGUAUAAAAAAGUUGACAUUUUUAUUGAUCUGAUUCAACU